GGACUGUUCAGUCUGUAAGCCACUCUUGGUCAGGGCAUAUUCGUCCUUUUUGUGGAAAGAGACACGUCCUUUAAAAGAGCCACUCGAACGCGAUUAUCGUUCGCCUCGAACCCGCUCUAAGGGGGGGUUGGAUUUUCAAUUUGGAGGAGACUGUUAGUUGUUUGUUGUUGUUUUUUUCUGUGUGUCAAGAUUAACCGUUUAAUAAUGUAAAACGCAAUUUAUAGGAAAUUGGUAGGAAAAGGGUCUGUUCCCUAUAGUGGAAACCAGCUAAGCAGAAAUGGAUCUGGACAAUUUGGCCAACAUCACCGAAAGUCUUCAAAAUGCCACCUUCAUCGCCGUGGAGAAAAGCCCUACCAAUGCGCAAGUGCGACACGCCGUCAUCACUGUGAUUUAUUUCAUGGGAGUCAUCGGCAAUCUGUCAGCACUCGGUUUUCUUUAUGCGUCUUCUGCGGCGCCGAAAAAUCUCAGGCACCUCCUCGUCCUGAAAUGUCUGGCUUUCAACGAUCUACUCGCCGUCGUCGGCAUGUGGAUCCAGAUGAACCUGAGGACCCUCAUACCGUCAAUCGCACGGAGCCAAUGGUUCUGCGCUUUUCGGGUCAUUUGGAGAUGUUUUGGAAUCGGAUCCGGAUGCAUUGUCUGCAUUAUGGCCAUCGACCGCUGGAUUGCACUCACAAGACCUCUAUUCUACCUUAAGCACAUGACCCUGGGGACAAUAAAGAAAUCUUUAUUAAUCCUCUGGGCAAUAAACCUUUUGAUCGUCUGCUCUCCUCUCUUUGGAUUUGGACUUUACUUUGAGAACGGAAGAUGCGUGCGUUACAAAAUGGCGGUUCGGACAUUGGACAGGGUGUAUGCCUUAGUUUAUUUCUCAUUCGGGUUUCUGUUGUGCUGUUCUUUAAUACUGUGCAACCUCUCAGUCAUGAAGAAUCUUUCAGCACCAAAGCAAAAGAAGAAGGUGCUUGUAAGGAGGAUAUCAAGAAAUCGCGAUCUGACUUGCUCUGCUUCAACUUAUGAAGAGCUAGCAUUCGCUCGUCUGAUGGGAGUACUUUGUGCUGUCAUUAUUAUUUGCUGGCUACCACAGCUGAUUACAAUACCCAUCUCCCAACUGUACAAUGAAACUGAAUGGUGCAAAAUAUUUAUGAAUCUUGGCGACCUUAUUUACGCAGUUCACUUUACAUUAGAUCCUUAUUUUUAUAUACUGCUCAGGUGGACAUGGUUCAAAAGCCUCUGCAGAAAAAAAGUCUCCUCAAGGGGAAAUUCAACAAAAACAACACAAGAGCUGUGCUCUCUCUGAUCAACUAAAGUACUGUGAACAUCCAAUUUUAAUUGUACAAAUUGUUUUAAUAUUUACUCUGCAACCCUUAUCUCUGAAACAAUUUUGCACCAUGAAAACAGUUGUUUUACAAAGCAUUAUCCUACUUCUGCCUUUAUACAUUUGUUUUAAUAUAUAUUUAAAAUUAAAGUAAAAAAUGAAACUGGCGAUAAUAAUUGGGGAAGGAGGAAUAUUGCCAUGUUUUUAGUUUAUUUUGACCUCAUCUGCCAUAGUAUAUCAGUAUGAUUAAAUGAGAUCAAUUCACAUGACAUUGAAUUAUGUUCAUCGAUAACAUACAACAUAUAAAAAUUCUAAAUAAAUAUUUCCUUAAUUUUUAAUACUUCUAUGAAUAUUCCAUUAAAUUGAUAUGCCAUGUUACCAUGUUUUUGUCAUUUAUUCUGAAUUGAUCUAUUGCAAUAGUGUGAUUUCACUUAAUUUAAAUCUCAUGAUAUACUUAUAUACGUUUUAACAACUAAACUAACCUAUUUUACAAAAAUUAAAUUGGACAUUACGAGGUAAAAGUGUUAUGCAAAGGAACUUAGAUUUUUCUUAAAAUACCGAGUUACCUGUUAUAUAUAUUAUUAUAUACAUAUAUAUAUUUUAAACAAGUUGCUUGAAAACAUGUAUUACCUUUUGGUUUGAUCCCACUUCAUUUGAUUUAAUUUUAAUUUCUGGAAAUGUUUUUUUACAAAAGAAAUUGUUUAGAUUAAUCUGAAACCAAAAGAUUAAUUUUUUGUCAUGCAAGUUACAAAGUAACAAAAAGAAAGUAAUUUAUAUGUGAUAUUAAUGUUAAGAAAUAUUAGUUUAUUUUAAAUCAUGUUAUUACUUUUUUUAGAGCUUAAUAA